AUGGCAGAAGAGAGUCAAUUCAAUAUACACGGCUAUAAUAUAGUUACUAUUCUCAAGAGAUUAGAGGCGGCUACUUCACGUCUUGAAGAUAUUACAAUUUUUCAACAGGAAGCAAGUGAUGUUACGUCACCUAAAGAUAAAUCGACAGCCAAUACUUCAAAUGCAGAGGUUAAUCAAAAAACAAGCUCGAAAAAGGAGUCAGUUCCUUCGCAAGCUGAAAUACCAAAGCUGAUCUCCGCGUUUAAGGAAUACAUUGAUUCUUAUAUAACCCCAUUCAUUCAAACAUCGAAAGAGAUCGAUCCGAUUGUAGGUGAAGCAGCCGAAGAAUUGGGCAAAGCAUUUGAAGAGGAAAAGAAAUUCUUAGAGAUAGUCGCUAUCACAAGGAAGCCUGAUCCUACUGAUCCUGCUUAUCUGCAAUUGUUUUCACCAAUCAAUCGAUGCAUCAGCAAGAUUAAUGACAUCAAAGAAGCAAAUAGAAAAUCGAAAUUUUUCAACCACCUAAGCACAAUAAGUGAAGGAAGUGCAGUUUUAGGAUGGAUUGCAACUGAAACCCCAGUAUCUAUAAUCCUUGAUUUCAAAGAUAGUUCACAAUUCUGGUCAAAUCGUAUCAUGAAAGAAUAUAAAGGUGACGAAAAGCAAACUGAAUGGGUAAAACAAUUUUUGGGAAUAUUCGAACCUCUUAGCUUAUAUGCCAAAGAGUAUCAUACUACUGGUCCAUCGUGGAAUAAGCGCGAUGGUAAACUUUUGAAGGAUGUCCUAUCAUCGUCUAACUCAGAUACUGCGACUGCUCCUUCUGGCGGCGUACCACCUCCACCUCCACCUCCAUUGCCACCAGCGACCAUCUUUGAAGAAGAGACUCCAACACAAUCAUCAACAGGAGGCAUGAAUGCCGUGUUUGCUCAACUCAACAAAGGUGAAAAUAUUACAUCGGGCCUUAAAAAGGUUGAUAAGUCCGCUCCUAAGAAGCCUCCCGCGGUUCCCAAAAAGCCUGCCGCAUCGAAGAAACCAUCUAAUUUAUCUACUGGGCCUGUUCCAAAGUCGAAACCACCUCGUAAAGAACUAGUUGAUGGCUCUAAGUGGAUGAUUGAGAACUAUACUGCUGAUGACGUACAACUGCCAAUUAUAAUCGAUGCUGAAAUGAACCACUCGAUCUAUAUUGGAAACUGUGAUGGAUUAACCGUUCAAGUGAAAGGAAAAGCAAAUGCUAUUUCAAUAUCUGAAACUCGUAAAACUGGGGUUGUGGUUGAUUCUUUAAUCUCAGGAAUUGACAUAAUCAAGUCUUACAAGUUUGGUGUGCAAGUUACUGGCUCUGUAGGUGUCAUUAGUAUCGAUAAAUCAGACGAGGGUAGUAUCUACUUAUCUAAAGAAGCUGCUGAGGCUGAUCCUCAAGUUUUCACAAGUUGCACAACUGCAUUGAACAUUAAUCUUCCUAAAGACGAUGAUUUCAUCGAAGUAGCAGCUCCGGAGCAGAUCAAACAUACCGUGAAGAAUGGUAAGUUGCACAGUGAGAUAUUUGAACAUGCUGGUUAG